CUGUGGCAACCCAUAUCACUACGCACACCUUGACAACAGUGUUAAGUCAAUCUACACACAACGGUAUCUUCACUUGACAACUUGUUCAUUUGGUUGGAGUAAUAAAAGGCUCGAAACAUCUUACUGUUUCAUUAUUACUCUUGGUUCCAUCUUCACAACAACAUAGCAAAAUGUUCAAGAAUACUUUCCAAAGCGGAUUUUUAUCCAUUCUCUACAGUAUCGGAAGUAAACCUUUACAAAUUUGGGACAAAAAGGUACGAAAUGGUCACAUCAAACGUAUUACUGAUAACGAUAUCCAGUCUUUAGUUUUGGAAAUAGUUGGUACAAAUGUCAGCACAACAUUCAUACAAUGUCCAACAGAACCAAAGAAAACAUUAGGAAUCAAAUUACCUUUCCUUGUCAUGAUCAUUAAAAAUUUGAAGAAAUAUUUUACAUUUGAAGUUACGGUACUUGAUGAUAAAAAUGUUAAAAGGCGAUUCCGUGCCAGUAAUUACCAGAGCACCACCAGAGUCAAACCAUUUAUUUGUACUAUGCCAAUGAGGUUAGAUGAUGGCUGGAAUCAAAUUCAGUUCAAUUUAUCAGACUUUACACGAAGAGCCUAUGGUACCAACUACAUUGAAACCCUCCGAGUACAAAUCCAUGCCAAUUGCCGAAUCCGAAGAGUCUACUUUUCGGAUAGAUUAUACUCCGAAGAUGAAUUACCUGCAGAAUUUAAAUUAUAUUUACCAGUUCAAAACAAGGUCCCCAACAAGGUUUAACAAGUGAAUAAUGAAAACCAUUACAGACUUUGUUUAUAAACUUUACAAUGUUCCUAUGGAAUGACAAUAAUUUUUAACAAAUUGCGGAAAAUUUUGGGUAAAUGUGUACACAGGAAAUUAAUAUAAGCACAAACAUUACUGUGACAAACGAUUCAUUAGCAGGAUGUGGAAGGAUCUGGGAUGUACAGAAAGCAAAAUAAAAAUAUUUCUAUCAUCGUGAACUAAAUUUGGCAUGGCUUGACAGGGAAAUAUUUGGCAUAGUCUUGCAAUAUCUGCAUUCUUAUAUAUAUAUAUAUAUCCGAUACUGGUUAUUUCUUUGUUAUGUUACUAAUAUUAUUUUAAAAAUGCCAGGUAUUUCUCUGUUUAUCGCAUGAUGUAUAUUAAGACAUUACCUACAUACAUUUAAGUCAACAUUAAAGUAAUAUAUAUUGUUAUAUAUGCAUUUUAACAAUGUAUAUAAAAAUUUUGUAAAUAUGCAUUCUGUAGAAUAAAUGAGAAUCAUAGUAUUUAA